UAUUUGGGAUGCUUUCUAGACUCGGAGAAUAGAACGGUACCUUAUGAAAAGAUAUAUUCAGACUACAUGACAAAUACAAGAUGUUCAAGCUAUUGUUGUGCUAUGUCAAAUUAUACCUACAUUGGGACAGAGGUUGGAAAUGAAUGCUUCUGUGGAAACGACAGCUCACUAUUUAUUCCAAUGCCACAAACAGAUUGUAAUCACGGAUGCUUUGGAAAUAAAGGAGAGAAAUGCGGAGGGAUUUGGCGCUUGAGUAUUUAUAAAAUCGCAUGUCCUAAUGAUGAUCCCAGUCGCACACCAACAUUACAAAUACCUGAUACCAGUACACAUUUGCCAACAUUAGACGAAGUAUUGGAAAAUAUCGCUAAAAUUCAAAAGGAAAUUUCAGUCGAUCGAAAAGAAACGACAGCUUAUAAGAAUACAAAAGUUUCGGCAAAGGACGACCGGAUGUCAUCGAAGUCAAUUGGAAUUGUGGGAAUUCUUGUUGUGGUGUUGCCAUUCCUUGUAUUGUUUCUUCUUGAUAUUGUUACUUGGGUCUGUCCAGGAGCAAGGGCUAAAAAUCGUAACCUUAGAAAAGUUGUUGAUUAAAAAAUAUUUCUAUCAAUUUAAAUCGAUACAUGUACUGGAAUGGAGAAC